UUCUCUCUUCCCCACAUCCUACCGUUACGAACUCCCCAUAAUUAUAUUCCUUCAAAAAGCCCAUUGUCGACAUGGACGAAAAAGUGCCAACCGAGAGCGAGCACCAGCACUAUCUUGGUCUCGGUUCGCCAGACCCUUUUCAGCGUCCUCGUCGAUUUUGGCCGACUCUAUUUAACGCAGUCCUCGCAACGGCACUCUUUCGAUGCUGGCACAUUUUGAUAUUCUUUGCUGCUUGGUCUACUGCCAUCUGUGUCAUAUCACAUAAGGUCGUCAAUCUUGGGAUAUCGUCGACUUUGCUGACAGUGUUGGGUACCGUGUUGGGUUUUGUCAUUUCCUACAGAACGACGUCAAGUUUCGAGAGGUACAAUGAAGGCAGAAGGUACUGGUCGCAGAUCGUCCUUGCCAGUAGGACAUUUGCCCGAAUGGUCUGGUUCCACGUUCCUGAAACCAUGGCCGGCUGGGAGGACUCCAUGCCUGUACAAGAGAAGAAGGCUCGUGUCAUUGUCGAGAAAAAGACAGUGAUCAAUCUUCUUGAAGCCUUCGCCGUCGCAGUCAAGCACUAUCUCCGUGGUGAAGACGGAAUCUACUACGUCGACCUCUACCAUCUCGUCAAGUGCCUCCCUGCGUACUCUCUCCCGGCUGGGAUACCCUCCCAAGUCGACCUCACAGGGCAACCACCAAUGUCACCUACUGUUCCGUCGCUCCGAGAUCGUCGUCCUUCAGAUGUAAAGAGUACGCGGACGACAAGGUCGCAACCCAAUAUUCGGUUCUCGGAAACAGGAAAUGAACGCCCACCUCCUUUACCCAUCAGUUUUGGAAUCCCACCCAACGCCUCUGACUCACAACUUCCCAUGCCGGUUACGACAUCCUCCGGCAAUGGCCCGCAAAGUCCUACUUCUCCCAACCGCCGCGGCUUUAUGCCCACUCUCCGUCCCAUCAAAACCAACCAAAGUGGGCGCUACCCGCGGUCUGUUCUUAGUGGCCGCGAGUCAAUCGGCGACGAUUUCCUGCUUCCUGCGAGGAUGCCGCCGAAGUACCACUUGUUUGAUCUAUUCCCGUUUAGUCUAUUGGUGAAGGCGUUGACGAAGAGAGGGAAGGAGGUCAAGGGGAAGAAGGGUGCGAGACUGAGGGCCAAGCUGAAGAGUCAGGCGGUGACCAGCCACAAUUUGCCGCUGGAGAUCUCGUUGUAUUUGAGUUCAUACAUUGCCGCACUUCAGACUCGUAAAGCGCUCGACCCUCCGACGAUCACCAUCAUGAUUCAAACCCUCAAUCAGCUCGUAGAUGCUCUGACAGGCCUGGAACGGAUCCUCACCACGCCCAUCCCCUUCUCGUACUCGGUGCAUCUGUGGACAGUGACGCUCCUAUACUGUCUUUUCUUGCCGUUCCAGCUUUGGCUGUACCUUGGGUGGGUGACUAUCCCAGGGACCGUUAUUGCCUGCUUCAUCUUCUUCGGGUUCUUGGUGGCCGGUGAAGAAAUCGAAAACCCAUUCGGCUACGACAAAAAUGACCUCAACAUGGACCACUUCACCUCCAACAUCAUCCGCUACGAGCUCCGCGCUAUUACUGCUGCGCCUGCGCCAGACCCUCAAAUUUGGGCAUUCUCGCCUGCGAACGACCAUAUCUUCGCUUCGGCCUACACCCAUAGCACAUCUGGUGGAGCUGCGCAAGAUGCGGAAGAGGGGGCCCAGGGACAUAUGGUCGGUUCGCCUGAAGAAUGGGUUGGACGGGGUUUGGGGUCCAUCAGGGGGGCGUUGGCGAGGGUGUAAGUCACAUAUCAGAUACCUUCUUUAGCUCCGCGGCGUCGACUCGUCGCCAGAGCGUUAUGCGAUUCCUUGCUAGUCUCUGUCAUCUCUUUGUUGUCUUGCCGAGUGUUGUUACUUUAGAGUCGGACUCGCUUUUAUUUCUGUUCUUCCAUCCCUUUUUUUUCCUCGUUCUUGGCUCGCUCAGAUUCGCCCCAGGUCGGUCUGCUGCUGUUUCCCAAAAUUCAUUGAUCCCAUAGCGUCGAUAUUCGGAUUCGCUCUCACAUUUGCUAUCUCUCUUUAGCUCUUCUCUUGCAUAGUGACUCACUCGGUCUCCUUGCAUAUGUACAUAUAUUUCUUACCCACAUGUCUGUCUCUCUGUCCACCACACUCCCCUCAUGCCUCUCAUCUCAAUAGAUCUGUCCGCUCGUUACAUACAUUACAUAUCUCAUCCGCACAUACAUACACAUUCACAUACACAUAUACUUUGCAUUGGUCGUGGCUCGCUGUUACUAGUUCGUGUUACGGUGACGACUCUCAUGACCUGCUCCUGCUCCCAUCUCCCGAUCCCCCUCACGUCAUUUCCACGUUCUUGAUGCAUAGGUUGGUGGCUAGAUGCCAUUUCCC